CACUGACAGGCGCAUGCGCGGUAUGGGUGUCAGCGGGUUGGUUGGGCUUGUGUUUACAGCUCUGCUGGAUGCUGUUGGCUGCUGAUGUUACUGGGAAAGUGCAAUGUUGUGCCAGCCGCCAUUGGAAUAAAUAUAACAGUGGGAAUAAAGGUGAUUUUGUUCAUCAUCUCCCACCGCUUCCUCCUCCCGUCUUCCAUUCAUGAGCAGCGUGGCUGAGUUUAACAGCGGCAGCCAUGGAUGAUAAGGGCUCGGUGGGGAAGAUUAGCUUGUCUUCGGACUCAGUGUCCACUCUCAACAGUGAGGACUUUGUCCUCGUGUCCCGGCUGGGGGACGAAACACCCUCCUCCACUAAUAAUGGUAGUGACGAUGAAAAGACAGGACUGAAGGUGAUAUCUGAGGAAGGGGUCAGCUUUAAGAUCGUGGGUAAUGGAAGUGAACAGCAGCUUCAGAGGGAGUUAGAGGAUGUCCUCAUGGACCCAUCUGUAGCAGACACUGGGCUUGGAUCAGAAGCAGGAAUGGACACCCUUGGUGCAGGCGACCAUGGCCUUCUUCCCACUACAGCAUCACCUGUAGCGCCAGGCUCUGACCCUCUGAGUGCACCAUCCCCCAAGUUGGAGAUGGUGCUUCCUGUUCAGACAGCUCAGGAGAGUGAGCUGAAUGAGAGGUCAUACCGAGCAGAUGAAUCAUCAUCAGAUGGAAGUCCUGGCAGUCCCAUUCCAGAUGAGGAUAGCGUUGUGUUCAGUCAGCUGACGUACCUGGGGUGUGCCUCAGUCAACGCCCCCCGCAGUGAGGUCGAAGCCCUCCGUAUGAUGAGUAUCCUCAGAGGGCAGUGCCAAGUCCCUCUGGAUGUUACACUGUCUGUGCCAGGUGUGUCCGAAGGCACUGUCAGGUUGCUGGACCCUAAUGCCAGUACGGAGAUUGCCAACUAUCCAAUAUAUAAGAUUCUUUUUUGUGUGCGAGGCCAUGAUGGCACACCAGAGAGCGACUGUUUUGCCUUCACUGAGAGCCACUACAAUGCUGAGAUCUUCAGGAUCCACGUGUUCCGCUGCCAAAUCCGAGAAGCGGUCAGUAGGAUACUGUACAGCUUUGCCACAGCGUUUCGGCGGUCAGCUAAGAAGGCAGUCCUGUCAUCACAGCAGGCCGCUCCGCUCACCCCUGACAGUGACUUGUUUACCUUCACCGUCAGUCUGGAAAUCAAGGAGGAUGAUGGCAAGGGUACUUUCAGUGCUGUAGCAAAAGACAAAGACAAGCAGAGCUUCAAACUGCGUGCAGGAAUGGACAAGAAAAUUGUCAUUUAUGUCCAGCAGACCUCCAAUAAGGAACUGGCCAUUGAGAGGUGUUUCGGCCUCCUGCUCAGCCCAGGGAAAAAUGUGAAGAACAGCGACAUGCACCUGCUAGACCUGGAGUCAAUGGGAAAAAGCUCAGACGGGAAGUCUUACAUCAUCACAGGAAGUUGGAACCCCAACACGCCUCAGUUCCAGGCUGUGAAUGAGGAAACACCCAAAGAUAAAUUCAUGUACAUGACGACAGCAGUGGACCUGGUGAUAACUGAGGUGGAGGAGCCAGUGCGUUUUCUGCUGGAGACGAGGGUCAGAGUGUGCUCCCCAAAUGACAGGCUGUUCUGGCCCUUCAGCAAGCGUAACUACACUGAGACCUUCUACCUUAAACUACGGCAGAUGGAACGUAAGGAGCGUAAGAGUCCUGCUUCUGACACACUUUACGAGGUGGUGAGUUUGGAAAGCGAGACUGAGAGAGAGAAACGAAAGACCACAGCCAGUCCCGGUAUCCUGUCCACCGGGACUGGUACCAUGGUUCCUUCACCACCCGAGGAUGAUGAGGAGGAAGAUAACGAUGAGCCAUUACUUAGUGGGUCAGGCGAUGUUUCCAAGGAGUGUGCCGAGAAGAUCCUGGAGACCUGGGGAGACUUGUUAUCCAAGUGGCAUAUGAACUUAUCAGUACGCCCCAGGCAGCUACCAGCUUUGGUGCGGAGUGGCAUCCCUGAGGCUCUCCGUGGGGAAGUGUGGCAACUCCUGGCAGGCUGUCAUAACAAUGACCACCAGGUAGAAGAGUACCGGACUCUUAUUACAAAGGAGUCCCCUCAGGACAGUGCCAUCACCAGAGACAUUAACAGGACAUUCCCAGCUCAUGACUACUUCAAGGACACUGGAGGAGAUGGACAAGACUCCCUCUACAAGAUCUGCAAGGCUUACUCUGUUUAUGAUGAGGAGAUUGGUUACUGCCAGGGACAAUCCUUCUUGGCUGCUGUGCUGCUGCUGCACAUGCCAGAGGAGCAAGCUUUCAGUGUGCUGGUCAAGAUCAUGUUUGAUUACGGGCUCAGGGACCUUUUUAAGCAGAACUUUGAAGAUCUGCAUUGCAAGUUCUUCCAGCUAGAGAGACUCAUGCAGGAAUAUAUACCAGACCUGUACAACCAUUUCCUGAACGUGGGUCUGGAAGCUCAUAUGUAUGCGUCUCAGUGGUUCCUUACCCUCUUCACUGCCAAGUUCCCUCUUUACAUGGUCUUCCAUAUCAUUGACCUGUUACUGUGUGAGGGUAUCAGUGUGAUCUUCAAUGUAGCCUUGGCACUUCUGAAGACAUCAAAAGAUGAUCUGAUCCAAACAGACUUCGAGGGUGCACUCAAAUUCUUUCGUGUCCCGGUUCCAAAGAGGUACCGUUCUGAGGAAAACGCGAAGAAACUGAUGGAGCUGGCCUGUAGCAUGAAGAUCAGCCAGAAAAAGCUGAAGAAAUUUGAGAAGGAGUACCACACCAUAAGGGAGCAGCAGGAGCAGCAGGAGGCCCCCAUCGAGAGAUAUGAGCGGGAGAACCGUCGUUUGCAAGAGGCUAACAUGCGUCUGGAGCAGGAGAAUGACGACCUGGCACAUGAACUAGUCAGCAGCAAGAUAGCCCUGCGUAAAGACCUUGACAAUGCUGAGGAGAAGGCAGAUGCCCUGAAUAAAGAGUUGCUGCUGACCAAACAGAAACUGGUGGACUCUGAGGACGAGAAGAGACGACUGGAGGAAGAGUCUGCACAGCUGAAAGAGAUGUGCAGACGAGAGCUUGAUAAAUCGGAAUCAGAGAUAAAGAAGAACGGCUCCAUUAUUGGAGAAUAUAAACAGAUCUGCUCCCAGCUGAGUGAACGACUGGAGAAACAACAGACAGCCAACCGUGGAGAACUGGAGAAAAUCCGGUCCAAGGUGGAAGGUUGUGAGAGGUGCAGUAGUCUUUUCAACAAAGAGGGUCGUGUGCGGGCCGCUGUGACCACGGCCCCUGCUGGGGGGACUGAGGAGACAGAUGAGGAGAAGGAGGGCUUGAAGAACCAGCUGAGAGAGAUGGAGCUGGAACUCGCACAGACCAAACUGCAACUGGUUGAGGCUGAGUGCAAAAUCCAGGACCUGGAGCAUCACCUGGGUCUGGCCCUCAAUGAGGUUCAGGCUGCCAAGAAGACCUGGUUCAACCGAACACUCAGUUCCAUCAAGACAGUCACUGGGACCCAGGGCAAGGAGACCACCUAACCCAAUAACCCCAUCAUCUGGUUCUACCCAGACCACGUGUGGAGCUCAGUGCAACUCUCCACGCUGAAACCUCUGGACGCCUAACUCAACCCACCGGGCCAUCAUUUUAACUUGAACAUUGACCUUUACAUCCCAGGAUGACCAUUACUACAAACUGUGUUACUCGUUCCUCUUAUCAUAAAUGUCCUCGUGUUUCCCCCUGUUGCCACCCCUCCUGAUCAGAUCAUCCCCAUCCAAUUCGUCGCCUCUCCAACCCAAAUGACUACAGCCCACUGUGCUGAUGAGAAGGGGUUGAAAAACACCAGAUGAAUUAAAAUGGUACCACUUGCCCCAGAGACACGAUGUGCUUCCACCAAUCACAGAAAGGAAAAAAACAAAAAAGAGAGAGAAAUGCUUCAUUUAUUUCUGUCUUUGUACUGCUGAUGUUAAAGACCCGCAGAAGGGAGGUGGGACAUCUGAACUGCAACUGUCCUGAUGGGACAAAGAAGACAAAACACUCCGUCCUUCCUCACUGUUCUGCGUGCUCCCCUCCAAACUACUGGCACAAACCAACUGGUCCCUGUAAAAUGUUUGUUUUAGGUACGAGAGCUAAUAGACGCCUUUUCAAAACGGAGCUUUUUCUAAUUUACGUUGAACAGUACCUUUCUUUUUCUAUGAAUGUGCUCAUGUAAAGGAGGAUAUGUGUGCGUGAGUGUGCAUGGUUUUUUGUUUUGUGCUGACUUUGAGGUGUAUGUGUUGAUGUGAGUGUGUGAGUCUGAAAAAAAAUGUGUUUGAAUGCAUAAAUAAUUGACUGAAAUAAUGUCAAAUGUGUGUAUAAAAGGAAGGUGGAGAGCAUGUGGAAGUCCAAGGGAAAGAAAAAGCACUACAGUUAUGAGUGUGUGCAUGCAUGUAAGGGAAGCUUUUCCUGAUUGUCAAGUUUCCUUUAAUGUUCCAAUGUGUAUAUGUGAGUGUGAGUGAGUGUAUAUGAUGUUGCUGACAAAGCCUUGAUUUGAAGGUUGAUAAAGAUGAAACUAGUGGAUAAGAAUAUAUAAUUUACAGUCAGAUCGAAAUGGUAAAAGCUGUUGCGAUCGCCAACAGCAGUUUAACUUUCCUCAAGUCAAAUUUCAGAUGCAACACAUGCUGGAGGUUUGUUUGGUUUGGAUGUCCCAGCACAAAGAAACUAGAAUAAAAAGCUUCAAACCAGGCAAACCUCUGCAUGUAGUUUGCAGUAUGUGUAUGUAUGUUAGAACACUGUUUAACCCCAGAGUUACUUUGGCUUCAGGGGAAGUCAAAAUGGGAAAAAAAACUAAACAAAACACACAAAUAGACCGUAAUUCCUACUGCACUUUAACACACCUUUAUAACCCACCUCCCUCUACCCUGGUGCCAGCUGUGCUCUUUGACCUUUGACCUGGUAGAGUCAUGUUUUGUACCUUGCUGAGCAGCAUGGCUGACCAUGUUGUGUUUAGUUUUCUCAGUUCAGUCAGAACUUUGUGACUCCUCUUUUACUACUCACUACCAUUGCACUGUUAAUUUUAUACAGAGGUGGGUACAGAACAAACACUCAGUGGCCACUUUAUUAGGAACACCUGCUUGUUAGAGCAGUUGUGUUCAUAAGAAACUGUUCAAAACAAUUGUCAGAAUUAGCAUAAAAAGCUCAUAUCCUGUGUUGAGCAAAAGUUUUGUUCUUGGCUCAUGGGCCCUUAAUGCCAAUGCAUUAUUACUGUCCAGGUGUGACAAAGCACUCUUCAUCACAAGAUGGCUCCAGUAACAUGAGAGAAACUUGUAUUUAUUCCAGCUGCCUGCUCUCGACUCAGUAGAGCUCCUUCGGGAGGAGGUGGAACAGGAUAACCACAGCACAAGCAUCUCGCAUCUUCCCAAAAAAAAAAAGAUCAGCCAGAAUUGAUCGACUAUCGAACCAUCGUAGAGCAAAAUCCUUGUGAAACAUUUUCAGUUCAUGCCUCACAGAAUUCAAUAUGUUCAGGAGGGAGAAAAAGCAGAUCUUAAGCUAUUGGUGGCCACUGAGUGUACUUAGACACACUUUUGUAUUUGUAAGGGCAGAAAAGUCACACACACUUGUCACCUGCUAGAAGUGUAACUGUGCACCUUAAGUGUGGAUCAGUAUCACAGUCGCAGGAAUUCAGAGGUUGAAAGAGGGGUCAAAGAGGCAAGCGGUCCAGGCGAGUCCCGAGGGGAUGGGGAUGGAGGAGGGGUGUUUGAAAAGUGCUUGCUUGUAUGUGUGUGUUUUCAUAUCAAGCUGACUAGAAAGUGGAGUUCAACAAUAUUCAAAUUUCUAUUCAUACUUAUCAUAUUAGACUGCAGCAAAAAAACAAGAAAAAUCAGCAUUUCUUUUGUCAGCCUAAAAUAAACAUUUGCUGUAAAUUGUAUCUAACUUGAAGGUUGGAUCUGAUUGGCUGGAAUCUACUUGUAAUGUCCAGGAGAAGUCCAGAAGAGGUAGAAAGAAAGGUCAAAAAGGCUGUUGCUAAAGGCACUGGGAUGUACAUAACAAACAUUAAAAAAAAAAAGAAUAUUGAGUUUUUGUUUAUGAUUUUCUACUCUGUAACUAUAACUAAUGUUGCCUACUUGUACCUACCUACCUGCUGCCGUGCUACAGUUUAAUCCACAACGAUGUUUUAUGUUUUUAAUGUUCAUUUUGCUCCAAGCUUCUCAGUCAGACUGCUGUUUGGUUCAUUAAAUGCCAAAAUGUAGCUUUAUCAUCCAACAACGAAAACAUUAUCAACGUGUGGAAAUUGUAAUAGUGUAGGAUGCAUUGUGUAUACUUCAUGAAUUUCAAUAUAAAGAUAUCAACACAAAAA